GAGUGAAAAACUCGCAGACGCUUUGUUAUAUCAUUUUUCUCUUUCUGCAAGAAGCAAACUUAAGGAUUACUCGUCAAGAAUCCACAAAAACAGUGUUUAUAUCAAGUUGGAUUUUUCUUUUUACUACUGCUAAGAAUACCCAUGCUGAUCAAAGCACGGAUGGAUCUGAAUGGCAUCUUAUUUCUCCUGGUGCUGUGCUCCCUCAACAAGCUGCUUCAGGCGGCAAUACCUGAAGACAAUUACCAGGAGCACCUGAACCAUCACGGCAGUCAUCAGUCGACACCGCACCGAAUUGCCACAGCCCAAUAUGAAUGUUUCCAGAGGAUGAUGAAAGACUCACACCGCAAAACAAGACUAACAGCAGGGCCAGUCUGCAACACCACGUGGGAUGGAUGGCUGUGCUGGGAUGAAACAGAGGCUGGUGUCACCACAGAGCAGAGCUGUCCAGACUACUAUCACGAUUUUGACACAAAUGCGAUGGCAUCCAAAGUCUGCACACAGACAGGCGAUUGGGGGCGCCACCCAGAGAGCAACAGGACGUGGACGAACUUCACAGGCUGCCACGCCACAGAGAAGAAUGGGGCAAUGACUCACUUCUACUUGGUUAUGAUUGGUCAUGGACUGUCACUGGUGUCUUUGCUCAUAUCACUGGCAAUAUUCUUCCAUUUUAAGAGUCUAAGCUGCCAGAGGAUAACACUCCACAAAAACCUCUUCCUCUCAUUUGUGCUAAACUCAAUCCUUACUGUUGUCUGGCUCACAACAGUGGUGAAGAAACAGGGACACACUUAUAAUGAUUCUGCGAGCUGUAAGCUGCUCAUGUUCAUCCAUCUGUAUCUGCUGAGCUGCAACUACUUCUGGAUGCUUUGUGAGGGCAUCUACCUGCACACUCUGAUUGUUGUGGCGGUUUUUGCAGAAAAACAGCAUCUCGUGUGGUAUUUUCUGCUGGGAUGGGGUUUUCCUCUCGUGCCAGCAGUGAUACAUUCAAUAGCACGCCACUACUACUACAACGACCAAUGCUGGGCCCGCUCAGAUACUUCUUUGCUUUACAUUAUUCACGGCCCAAUCUGCGCCGCGUUGGUGGUGAACCUUUUCUUCCUGUUGAACAUCGUUCGGGUUCUCAUCACCAAGCUGAGAGUGACCCACCAGGCCGAGUCCAGCCUCUACAUGCGGGCUGUGAGAGCCACCCUCAUCCUGAUCCCUUUGCUGGGCAUUCAGUUUGUGCUGCUCCCCUACAAACCCCAGGACCAAAGGGUGUUUGAGAUCUAUAUGUACAUCAUGGAAAUCCUAAUGCACUACCAGGGUCUCCUAGUUUCUACAAUAUUCUGCUUCUUCAAUGGGGAGGUCCAAAGCGUUCUGCGGAGACACUGGAAUCAGCAGCGGAUGCAGUUCGCUGGCACUUUCGCCAACGCCGACUUCUUCCGCUCAGCCUCCUACGUGGCGUCGUCGCUCACCGAGGUCCACCGCUGCUACAGCAUCGAAAGCCACACCGAGCACAUGAACGGCAAAAGCUACUCGGACAUCUUCAGGUCGGACAGCCCUUUCGUGUGAAGGUGGUGCUUGAACUUUCAACAUUUGAGGCUCUGCAACAUCAUCUUUCACCAUCUUUAUGCUUCCUUGGAGUUCUUUUCUUGUUUUGUUUAGUCUUUAAACACAAAACAACUCUAUUUUUCUACUUUUUUCAUGAAUAUUGUCAAAAAGGAAGACCAAAGACAGUGUUUCUUCAUCAUUUACUACACACAUGAAUAUUCAGAAAGGCUGCAGACAGAUGAGGACCACCCAUGAAUCAACCAGCCUCACUGUAUGGCGUUAACAAAAGGGAUUAAUCCUGUUGCAUCGUGUGGAUUAAACUUGAAGAUUAAAAAAAAGACACGGUUCUGUUAAGAUCUUGCAAAGAAAGAAGUUGUUAUUUUUUAUCAGGCAGCAUUUAGAGGAUAUUGCUUCAGUUUAAAUGUAUGUUAUUAAAGCAGGGGAUGUAGUGGAGGGUCAAAGCAUGAAAAUACUGUUUACCCACCUCUUAACAUCUGAAAGAACAAUUCAGAUGUCAGAUGCAAUUGUUCAGGGGCCAAAAUGGACAAGUGGCCCCAUUUGAUGCUGCAGACAUAUUUGCUUGGUGUUAGCCUGGUAGGAAGUUGAAUAACAAAGAGGGAACUGGUCAAAAUUCAGACAAAGUCACAAAAAGUGGUCUUUGGCAGUUGGUUUAUUUCUGCUAAGAAAGCCAUUUAAUGCUUUCAUGUUAAUUAAAAUAGCCCAGAAUCAUGAUUUCUAUGGUUAGCACAGGCUACCAGCAUACCGAUCUGGGCAUUUAAAAUGUAAAAAAAAAAAAGUUUAAACAGCAAAGAAACAAAUAGCUUGUUUUGCCAAAUGUCAUUCCUGCUUAAGCAAAUGUGGGCCUCUUGAGGAGAAUUUUGUUUUAUUUAUGUAUUUUUUCCUGUAGCUAAGUUAAACAAAUAAUGAGGUUCACAGCAUGAUUUUUUUUGUCUGAUACAUAAGCUUGCAUUGUCCGUUAGGUUCACUGCGUUUUGCUUCGUGUCUAAUGAUUCCAAAAUGCUGGAGAGAUGAUUGUGGAAGGAAGUUGGGAGAAAAUGGGGAGUGAAAAGUGCAUACAGUAUGUUUGUACAUAUACAGUAUAGGAUUGUGUAUAAGUAUGACUUAUAUCAAUGCACAAAAUAUGAAUUUUACCUUUUGUAUUUACACCAUUAUGAAAACAUUGUAUGCUACUAUUAGAUUUUUAAAGUCCAAGAAUCCACAGCUGAUUUCAUUAAUAGUACAAAUUGUAAUGGACUUCAUGCACAUUCAGCAGGAACUGAUUUAUACUGAUUCACUGAUCUGAUGUAUACAUUGAUAAUUAUUACCUCUAGCACUGUCAUAACUGUUUGCAUCCAGUAAUUCUGUAGUAAGAUAAAAGUCUGUCACCUCCAGUUAACGAUAAGAAGUAACUUUCCUGUCAGGACUCUAAAUGAGUGAAGCGCUGCUGGUUUCAGCCUUCUAAAACAGGAAUUAUAUAUCAGUGUCUUCUGCAGGACUAACAUGAACUUAAUGGAAAACUUCACUAUCCCCCUAUUGGACAUUUAUAACCAGUAUAAAGUUAAUAAAUAGAUUAUAACACAAUAUAAUGUAGUUGUAGGGAGAUAUAUAUGUAAUAUAAUGCCUCCUGUGGGCAAACGAUUAUUAAAGACAAUAUACAAUAAUAAAACAGAGUUAUAAUAAUAUAAAUUAUAAUUGCUGACAAAUACUGUACAUCAACUAUAUGUCCCUAUAUCUGCUCACAACUAGUGUGUUAUAAACCCUUUAUUAGAAUAUAUACUGCUUAUAAAUGCUUAAUAGGGGUUAAGUGAAGUGAAUAAAGAAAUACUCUUGUUCUUUUACUGUCUAGGAUCAGAAGAUUUGACACCACUCUUAUGUAAAAAUGCUUAACUUAGAAUUUAAAAACUCAAAACAGCUAGACUUAGAAUAGCCCAAGGCUGUAGCUUCAUGUUCAGCAUCAAAUUCUCAAAGAAAGAAAGCAGAUAAGUAAAAUUUCCCCGAAAUGUCAACCCAUUCCUUUAAAAAGACAGCUCUUUCUUCAACCACAGAUGUGUGUUUUCUCACAGAAGCUUUACAAAUGUUUUUCAUUUUUGGAGAGGGUCACUUUAGUCACAGUAUGAGUCCCAUUUUCAUUUUUGUAACAUAGUUUUGUCAAUAAAUCCUCACAAUGCUUGUUUAUACUGGAGUAAUAAUGCUGUAAAUAAA